UUCCUGAGAACUGCCUGAGCCGAGCAGCUGAGAGGCAGAAGGGGAGGGAGCUGCUCACUCACUCACUCACACACACACACACACACUAUCACAAACACUCACACACACACACACACACACACACACAGAGUGAGAGGAGAGAAGAGGAGAGGAAGGGGAGAGGAGGAGACGAGACAGAGAGGACUGUAGAGAAGGAAAACAGUCUCCUAGUCUCCACGGCUCUGCAGCUUCUGACAAGGCAGCCUAAGAAACAGGAUGUUAAUGCUUGACGGAAUGCCUGCAGUCCGAGUCAAAGCUGAGCCCCUGGAAUCGGAACAAGGGUCACCCAAAGUGCGCCCUUAUUCUGCGAUGGACGGCGUCCCUUUCUUCCUCAGCAGAGUUAAACCCGAACCCCCAGAAGACCUGCUCGCCCACGACCUGCACUUCCACACACAGACCGAGCCGGUCGACCUGUCAAUCAACAAACCCCGCCCCUCCUCCUUCUCCUCCUCAUCCGCCGCCCCCACCGCGACCUCAUCAUCAUCCCCCCUCAGAUCCGCCUUCUCCCCAUCUUCGUUAUCGUCGUCAUCCUCCUCCUCCUCCUCUCCGUCGGUUAUCACCUCAGCCUCGUCGGUGCUCACGCCAGGCCCUCUGGUCGCCCCUGGAACCGGGGUGAGAGGUCAGCCGUAUUUGCACAUUCUGCACUCUGUGCCGCCGCCUCCAUCCAGCCCUCUGAGCCUGCAGGGAGCAACGAAGCUGGCCAGCCAUGUUCACCGAAUCCCAGUUGUGGUACAGUCACUGCCCCUCAUGUACACCACUGCCGUUCGAUCACCCUCCAGCCUCAGCAACGCCAUCAUGCUACCUCUGCUGGACGAGGCCAAAAGCCAGGGCAAAGCACACACGGACCCCAACGGCCUGUCGCCAAGGCAGAUCAAGAGUGACAGUGAUGACGACGACCUGCCAAACGUGACCUUGGACAGUGUUAAUGAGACCGGCUCCACUGCGCUGUCUAUAGCUCGCGCCGUACAAGACUCCAUGUCCCCGUUCAGUAUUGACAGCAUACGGCGCCCCCGGAGGUCAGAGUCGCCCGAUUCCAAAAAGAGAAGAAUCCACAGAUGUGACUUUGAGGGCUGCAAUAAGGUGUACACCAAAAGCUCACAUUUAAAAGCACACAGGAGGACGCACACAGGGGAAAAGCCAUACAAAUGCACCUGGGACGGCUGCACCUGGAAGUUCGCCCGCUCCGACGAGCUGACGAGGCAUUACAGAAAACACACGGGGGUGAAGCCCUUCAAGUGUGCAGACUGUGACCGCAGCUUCUCCAGAUCCGACCACUUGGCCCUGCACCGACGGAGACACAUGCUGGUGUGAAUCAGACACGGGGCCAUAAAGAGAGGAGAGGUCAAUGGAACGGACACGCACACACACACACACACACACACACACACACACACACACACACACACACACACACACACACACACACACACAUAUAUAUACAGGCAGCCGGGGGAGCGGGAUCUCCCUGUGAAUGUUUUUCAGCUGGCCUGGACGCGCACAUACACACACACACACACACACACACACACACACAUAGAUAGAUGCACACACACACACACACACACACUCAUCGAUGAGAGAACAUGGAGAUGGUGAUGAUGGAUGGACGGACGGAUGGAUGGAUGAAGGUGCACAGAGCUUGCGGAGCACAAAACAGGGUCACUUCUGGAUCCUCUUUGGGAUGGAAGGAACGGACGGCAGGAUCUUUUAUUGUCAUUAUUUGGAGUCUAAUAGGGAACUGUCUUUUACAGCACUGUUCUUAAAUGUUUCACUUUGAUUUUUAAAGAUAAACUCGCACUCUAUUUGGACAAAAAAAAAAUCUAUAUAUAAUGCAAUUGCAACGUUCUCUCUCUCUUUUUUGGUAUCUUUCUUUUCAUUAUUGUUCAAACGGCUGCUUUUUUCAGCGUUCAUAAUGUGAAAGACCCCGUUGUAAGGAAUGGAUGUCCCUGCAGGAAGGAAUCAGGCCUGGACUGGAUCACAUUGGAGGCGUAGAUGGACUGAACAGGCAGUAUUGUUUGCCUCCCUGUGAGUCUGAUUUGCAACCAGCAGAGGGCACCAUUUAUUCACAGAUGUUUUCUUUUAUCCCCCCCACUCUGGAGUCUGCUGUUAGAUCUGAGGAACCCCUUAUGGAAGCUUAAAGAGGGCUGGACUUUCACCUUUUAUCAUAGCCAGCAAGCAACAUUAACUCCAAUAACCACGACCUGAAUGGAUCGACCUCAUCAGCACAUCGUUCUUUGCUUUAUUUCAAACAAUGGAAACUGCAUAUCAUCGCACCAGCAAAUACCAUGAAGGAUCCGCUCUCUCUGCUGGACAAACUCCCCCAAAUCUCAUCAGUGCUAUUCUUUAUGUUGAGCCUCUUGAAAGCAUUUUCUUAAACAAAAAUCUUUGGUGGAUUUUGAGCUGUGAUUAGCAAUCAGUAAAGUGCAAUCUUAAAGGAUAAAUAUAGUUUCAGUAUGGAAAUGUUUUUGUUUUAUUGACUUUUGCUUUUUUCUUUGUUUUUUUUAAAUGCCUGCUUAUUGCUUCUGUUUAAAAAAUACAAACCCCUCAUGUACAGUGAACUUUGAAACAAUCAGAGGAGAAUUUCCAGUAUGUGAAGAAAAAAUAGAGGCACCUUACAGACUCACGCUUUCAUUCUGUCCAAUCUGUUUUUAUUUUUUUAAACAUUCGACUCUUUUUUUCCCCCCUCUGUUUAAAAGAAAAAAAAAUGGAAUUUGUGUUGUGGUUUUGCACGGCACAGCAGCACUUGACCAUAAGCUGACAUCGAUACCGACCGAAGUGUUACAGGGAUAACAGUGUGGUACCCGGUGUACAAUACAGAAGAGCAAUACGUUCUGAACAAAGCGACGAGGCGGAAACGUCACCCUCCUCUUUGUUCUGUUUGCUGAUGUCAAUGUCCCGAGGAGAAGUUUCCGGCUCGGCCGACUCCUCGCUCUGUACCACGACUCCCUCUGUUACUGACUGGGUUUGUAGCUCCAAUCUGGCGCGUCUCAGCUGCUGAUUUGCUCCAUUUUUGUUUGUCUCGAACACAGAAAGUCACUUGAAAUGUCUUCACCUCAUACCAGAGUUAUGUUAAAAUUAUGAUUUGAUUUACCUGAGAUUUGGUUCAAAAAAUGCUGAAAAAACAAUGCAGGAAUUGCACACAUGAAUACACAUAAUAAUAUAUUCUGUAUUUACAGCGAGAUGCAGUUACUGGCAGAAAUAUCUCUCAGAGAGCAUCACUUUACCUUAAUCAGGAAAUUCAAUUAGAAAUAUAUUUUUAUAGUCCUAAUAAGUGACGUCUUUGCAAGUAUUUCCAGCGCUCUUUAUGCCAUGUAAAAGCUUCAGACAUAAACCCGGAGUAUCAGGCCAACCUCGUGCUAUUUGAUAGUGCUGCCAAAUGCAUUUAUUGGACCCGAGCCAGUAAAAAGAAAUGGUAACCUUUGUGAUUAUCCUACCUUGAAAUCCAUACCCUCCCACACUAAUGCACACAAAAAAAUUUGGAUUCUCACUUUCACUCGACUAGCCAAAUCCAGGAAGUAACUUUCCACACACCCUUCGGAUGUAAUUAAUGAAUGGUAAUGUAUGUUAUCAUUAUUUAUGUAUAUUUUUUGUGCACAUGUCAUUAUGCCCAGUUGUAUUAUCAUUUUUGGCAACAAGAAAAAGAAGCAUAUCAGCACCUUGUUUGUUUAUUAGUAUAAUUUUCAAAUAAUUUUAUUUCAGAUGUCAAUUUAUAAGCGAAUAAUCAUCAUCAUAUUUUAUCAUCCAUGUAAUGUAUUCGAACAUUUUUAUGAUUGAGGGGCACUUCAUCAUUGCAUAUAAACUCUUUCUCUUAUGUACAAAGGAUCGUUUGAAAUGUUGUAAUAUAUGUGAUAGUGAAGAUAAAAACUUAUUACAAAGUUCUACAUCCUGUAUAUACAUUGGAAAAAUAGGGCUUUUGAUCAGUAGAUGCAGGAAAUACAUUUAUACAUGUAAAGUCUUUUUUCAGAGACUGUAAUUUAUCUAAUUUGAUAUACAGUGAAAUGGGGCUAAUGGUAUCCAUCGUGUAAAUUAUCAUAUGUGAUGUUAUAUAACAGGUUGCUUUGUUUUGGUUUUUUUGUUGUUUUUUGGGGGGUUUGUGGUUUAAACAAGUUCAUGAUCAAAUCAUUUUUAUUCCCAAGGCUGAACCAGUGUUUGCUAUAACCAACAAAUUAUUUAUAUACAUCGACCGUAUUAAAGGUACUCGAUUCCCUGUGUUGCUAUUUUGCUAUAACCGGACAAGAAAUUCUGCAGAUCAAGCACAUAUCAACAACACAUGUACUCUUGUAUUCAGUAUGUGAUGUUGCACGCCUUAAUGCACCAGUUUUUUGGAAAAAUUCAAUUAGACUUGAAGACGGUGUCUCCACAGGACAGGGUGUAUUGUACUUCCCUUCAGCAUCUCUUUCCUCAUUUUAAAGCAUAAUUUUGUUACGGUAACCAGGGUCAAAGUUAUGCAAUAAUAAUGAAUAGUGCCUCAUAUCACACACUUGUAAUAUCAGCUGCUCUGUGCAGAGUUUCGAUUUCAACACGUGUUGCUCCGAUUAAUAAAUUUCAACCGAGAAACCAUGAAUUUUGGAGGACAAAAAAAACCCAACAAAAUAAAACACAAAAGCACAGACAACAUUAUGCAAGUCGGACCUCUAAUGUUGAACUUUGUUUUCGCACUGAGCCUUAUACCAUUGUGUCAAAUGCAGCAUCCUCCCAUAACACUCUGACAGGCUGUUUAUAGCACAUAUUAUUACUUUGCUUGCAAUAAGUCACCUCCUCCAAGGGGAACAAAACCGAGUUACAAAGGCCUCUUGACGUUUCAGCUUCAGCACAUCAAUUCAACAUAGUGAUUCCGUGGAAGAUAAUGAGGAAUCGUACUCACAGGAAAACAAUCCUGUGGCUGGGAUUCCAACGGCGGUAGAGCGACGCCUUUGUUAGUGAUUACUGAUCUUACACUUUCUAUCAGUUGGAUAUAUAUUUUUACUUUCUGUGUAACAUCUGCUUUUGAUUUCCUGGUUUUGAAGAUUUUUAAGUAGUGAAGCCGAUGCCUAUGUUUCAAGUUUGCUGAUAUUACGUACAGUAAUCGUUGUUUCUGUAUUUAUGUAAAGUGAGUGUAGUGUAAAUAUAUUCAGAUCUUUUCAUUCUUACCAUAAAAGAAGAAAAAAAUGUGAUAUUGCUCAGCAUUUGCUUCAAAAGGGAGAUUCUGCUCAUGGAAUUCCACAUCUGUAAAAGAAAAUUUUUAAUCCUGAUAUUUUUCAAAACUUCAAGGAAACAGGUGUCCUUUUCUUUUUUUUCUUUCUGUUACUUUUUUUCUUUUCUUUCCAAGAGUUGUUUAAGUAUCCAGUCAGUGUUUUGCCUUUUUCUCUGUAUUUUUCAUAUGGAUGGAGCUGUGAAAUUAAAAUAAGUUCAAACAUAUACAUGUAUAUUAAUAUGAAUGGAGGCAUGAAGGUUAAUAAAGUUGCAUUUUGUAUGUAA